UAAAGCCCUACUUUCUUUAUAUACUUCACUGCUUUAAAUAAGCCCUUUUUUUCUCUCUCUUACCAAGAGUUGAAGCCGAAUAUAUCGUAACCAUGCCUCCCAUUCAACAUUUCAAGACAGUUUUCUGGUCUCAAAAACAACCUGAACUAACGCUACCCGAUUUCCAAACGGGGUAUGCAGUCUUACACCAAAAGCUAGGACAAAGCAAAGUCGAAAAUGAAGAAAUGAUAUCUUUCUUUAAAGACCGUAUUGCUAUCGAGGAGAGUUAUUCCAGCAAAUUAUCAGACCAGGGAAAAUCCUCAUUAAAAUCAACCGGGUUUGGUCGUGACGAAGGAGCUGGGCUUUUGAAAUGCUUUACUCAAUUGAAAGAAACAAGUCGCCGCAUUGGCGAACAGCAUAAAACCACAGCAGCAGCGGUUACUUCUCAUGUGCUGGUACCUCUGCAAGAAUUUCACGAAGACUACAAGCGCAAUGUGUCUCAUUCCAAACAGGCAGUUGACAGCAUGUUGAAACAAUUUGAUGGUCUUAUCAAAGAGGCUGAAAGAUCAAGACAUGUGUACCAUCGCAAGUGCAAAGAUGCCGAUAAAGCCGAAGAGCAAGCUUUGAAAAAUGCCGUGGCCAACACUCCUGCUACUACAACAGAGGAAAAACCAGCUAAUGUACCUACUCCCCCACCACAGGAAGAUAUGAGUGCAAAUAUCAAUAUUCAGCUCGGAAAUCAAAUCAUGCCUCAAUCAGAAUUAGAUAGCUUAGUUAGACGCAUGCGACAAGAAAUCACUGUCCAGGAUCAUCGUGUACCAAUUUUAGGGACUUAUAAAAACACAUCAACGGGUGAGGAUAUUGCCAUCUGGUUACAGCAUAAUCUACCUCAGUGCAAGGACUCUCCCGCUAUGGCAGACGUCGUGGGACAACAAUUAAUUCAACCUUACAAUAUUUUACGUUUGAUUGGUCAACGCGGAAACAAAUUCACCGCUUCAUCCAACUCUUUCUAUCAAUGGCGUGUGGUAGGCGACGAUGAUAGCUCAAGUGUUUCGUCAUCAACAACUGAAGCAACCUAUAAUGCUUUAGGGGGAUUGAUGGAAAAGAUUGUGACCCCACCUAUCGUGUCGGGUGCAGUAUCGGAAGAACCUCAUAAGAAAACGAGACGUGAGGCCGAGAAGGCAGAUCAAGCUUAUCGUAGCACAGUUAUAAAAUUGGAUCAAAUGCGUAUGGCAAUUGAAGAAGCCAUGUUUGCUCACUUGACUGAAAUGGAACAGGUGGAACUACAACGUAUUCAACAAUUAAAGGACUUUAUAUCUUCAUUUAUUGCUUCCAUGUCUGUCCUCAUUCCUCAGGAUAAAUUAAUAAUUGAAGAGAUGAUGGUGUUUCAAGAAUCGUUAAAACCUGACCAAGAUAUACAAUUCAUUGUUCAACAAUAUGCUGUUUCUGGUUUCUCACCAAAGGCUAUCCUUUAUGACAAUUAUUAUCAUGGUAUCUCGCAUGACCAAGUAUUUGGUGUUCCUCUUGAAGAGUUGGGUAAGCAAUCACCGGAUAAUGUUCCUCGCUUUGUAAGUGAAGUUUUGGCCGCUAUUGAGAAAGGGGCUGAGGAAAUUGACGAUGUUGAAGUUAAAGAGAAGUUGUGGUCUACGCCCUAUGCCUUAGAUCGCGUGCAUGCUACGUGUCUGGAAUUGAACGUCGGUAGUGACGCUUUGACACCCGAAAUGCUUGGAAAAUAUGAGCCACAGUUACUUGUUGCUGUAUUGAGAUAUUUCUUGUUAGAAUUACCAGAGUGUUUGAUGACUUUUGAAUUUUAUGACCCAGUGGAGGCAAUUUUAGGAGGCAAUGGUGAACAAGAUGAAACUUUACGUCUUGCUCCGUUUAGCAAUCUUAUUUCGACGUUACCUGGAUCUCAUUUUGCAACUUUGAAACUCAUUUUUGAAAAUAUUACCAGAUUUAUUUCUAAUGUGGGCGCUUCCGAUGAAACAAUCAAUCUCAUAUGUCAGUCUCUCGGACCGGUUAUUCUUCGUGCUCGCGUAGACUCAUUUUCGAUCUUAAAUAGCAAGACGCCAGUCAAGUUUGUACAGGAGUUGAUCAAACAUAGUAAAGAGAUCUUUUCUGAAUCUACACUCAAACUUCAUGCUGAGAGUGAAAAAAGACGACUUGCUCGACCUAUUAUUGCACCUCAGCCUCAAGGAGACGAAGCUAAAUCUACUAGUAAACGUGCCAAUACUUUAAUGUCGUUCAUGCGGCCCACGAUCAGCACAGCUGAGGAAUUAAAUAAAUGGACUGUGAACUCUAUGAUGGGCGUCUUUCAAAGAAAUACAAAUCAGUCACCAACUGAUCAGCAACCACCACCACCUGCUACAACAAAUAGAUCAGUUCCUUUGGCUUUCGGCUCGACCAUCACGCAAGAUUCUCCGCCAUCUUCGCCUAGAUUAACCGCUGCUACUGCUGCUGCUGUUGAAAAAGUCGAGGAAAACAAGGUGAUGUUUGAUGGUGACCAUAUUUUUGACGAUGAAGUGCAGAACAGUAAGUCUGAGGACAUUUUAAAAGAUAUUGAAGAGAAAUCUACAGAUACCAAAGAAACAAUAAAUGAUGAAAAGAAAAAAGAAGAAGAUAAUACCCAACAACGACCAUCUCAAGGUGGUCAUAUCGAUUCGUCUUUCUUUGAUGACGAUGAUGAAGAAGACGAAAAUUAAAAAUAAAUAAAGAUUUACUGUACUUUUUCUACGUG